UUGUAUGCCGUCCCCGUCUUGCUCAAUCCUUCCUAUCAUCAUUGCUUUGCUUUGCGCCUGAGAAUUUCAACGGGGAGAGAGAGAGAGAGAGAGAGAGAGAGAGAGAGAGUUUGGUUGGGCUUCGUUCCUGAAUUUUCUAUUCCUCCCCUUUUGCUCUGCUCUGCUCUCUCUGAUCUCUUCCUUGCAGCUCAGAGCUGCUGUCGAGCUACAAGCUGCCAUCGCAUGGCGGUGGUUGACGCAGCAUAAAUGGAAAGGGUGCUUCUUCUAAUACUCCGAGCAUGUCAAGCCUUUCCUGGGGAUUAAAGUCCCAGUCUUCCAUGGUCCCAAAAGCCUCUCGACAUCCAAGCAUCAGUUUUAGACCCAUACAACCUUCUGAUCUGGAAAUCUUGGAGCGCAUUCAUGGUGAUGUAUUUCCUAUCAGGUAUGAAUCCGAGUUCUUCCAAAAUGUUGUCCACGGACGUGGCAUUGUGUCUUGGGCAGCUGUUGACCGUAGCCGCACUGAUGGACGAUGUGAUGAACUGGUUGGAUUUGUUACAGCAAGAAUUGUUAUGGCAAAAGAGAGCGAGAUAGUGGAUCUUCUUAGUUAUGAUGCUUCAAAAUCAGAUCAAUCUCUUGUCUACAUCUUGACUUUAGGAGUGGUGGAAAACUAUAGAAAUUUGGGAAUAGCCACAUCGCUUGUUCGUGAAGUUAUCAGAUAUGCCUCAACAAUCCCAACUUGUCGUGGAGUUUACUUGCAUGUGAUCUCUUAUAACAUUCCUGCUAUCCACCUUUACGAGAAAAUGUACUUCAGAUGUGUAAGGAGGCUCCAUGGUUUCUAUCUGAUCAAUGGUCAACAUUAUGAUUCAUACCUGUUCGUCUACUACGUGAAUGGUGGUCGAUCUGCUUGCUCUUUACUAGAGAUCGUAGCAGCUUUUUUUGGUUACAUGAAGAAUGGUUUCAAGUCCUUUACCGAAAGGUUAUGGAGUAAUGAAGGGAAGGCUGCCAAAUGGCCAAGAUAUAGAGAGACACGAAGCCUGGUAUCAAUGCCGCAUAAUGGGAAAAUCCGCACGACAGAGAGCACUGGUUAUGAGCGUGUUUAAAGCGGUUCAUCUUUUCGUUCUUAAUUGCAGCAAGAAGAGAAGAGAAGACAAGACAAGAGAGGAGAAGAGGAGAGAAGACAGUAUGCAUACACACAAUGCACAAUUGUAUUGACAUUCACUUUGUACAUGCUACGCCUCAGCUGCCUUUUUCAGUCUCUCUUACAGUGCCUUCUGUCCCAUAGAAAAAAAAGGUGGUAUGUGUUAUGUCUGUAUUUGAUCUGAUGAUAUGUGGCCCUAUUCACUUUUGCUGAAAUUUAUGAACUAUAUUUCACAUAAUUUAAAGAAAAAGCUUCGUCUAAUGGAUGGUUUCAGGUUUAA